GUCGCCGUCGCCUCCUCUCCUCUGCGUCCACGCAACCGGGAGGAGAGGCGAUUAUUGCAACCGCAUCAUCGCGAGAGCCUUGGGCGAGUCAUCUCCCCAGCCACGACUCUUCUCUUCCACAUCAUCUCACCUGGAUAAAAAAAAAAAAAAAUCCCCGGAGGGGAGGGGAGAGAACUUCAGCGCGGCGGCGAAAGGAACAGAGGCGUGAAAAGAAUCUCGGAUCCGGAAGCUGGAAGAUGGAUAUACUGCUGGGCUCCGGGAGAUUCUUGGCGCGGCGUCCCGCGCUCGCGCCCGCCCCUCGCUGCUCCCGAGGGUCCCCGGAGAAAGGCAGCGGCAGCGACAAAGGUGACACAUCAUCCACUGACUGGGACAAGGCUUGGUCUACAUUUAAGAAGAAAGGCAAGAAGACCCUAUUUUCAGAGUUCUCGCCAAACAAGUACGUGAGCUGGAACCCACGACGCAGUGAGUAUCCGUUGUCAGAAGAGGUCGAUCCAAUCAGAAGAACCGAGAGGUCUAACCUGAUGUUGUGGACAAGUCCAACAUUUACCUUGGUAGGGGCAAUUAUCAUCGUCUUGACAUUGCUAAUCUAUACAUUAGUUGUUCCAGCCAAGUAACUGAAGAAGUGACAGACAUCAGGUGAGCUGUAAGACAAACAUUCUACUUGCAUGUCUGUAUUGUACAUGUGUUUGUAUAUCAGUAUAUACCAACUGUAGUCUAUAGUACCAUGGCUUUCUAUUGCUUCAAUAGCAUUCAGAUAGACCACGAUAGUGCAUCUUUCACUU